AUGCCAUCGCUAUCCCUCCUUAGACGGGGGUCCAAACAACACGACCAACAACCGUUAGCGGUCCAACGGCCACAAACAAGUCCACGAAAGGAAGAUGGAAGCGGGUUGCAGCUGAGUGCGGGCACCGGCACCGAAACACUCGCAGGAUCGGGAUCAGGAUCAGGAACGGGCGAACGGGAGCGCAAGUCGUCCAAACGGGAUUUCUUUGGCGGGCUACUGGGUCGUAGCAGAGGCCGCACCACGACGUCGUCGCCGGCCACCUCUGGACGCGGGACCGGUGCGGAGUCACCCACCAAGCUUCCUGUAAGUGCCCAUUCCGCUUGUUCUCUUACUCGAGGCUUGUUCCUGUCCCUGUCGUUCCAUUCAGACUAUUUAUUGUCUGCUCUCCGUAUUCCCACCGUUCACGAGCCUGUCGUUCUAUUUCCCACCUUUUUGUGGUUCUGUUGGUCUCCUCCCCCCACCAGGCAAGGUCCCUGA